CCCCCCGGAAGUAACCAGUGACGCAUCCACGAGCGUUUAAAAAGCGGACCGAGAUCCUCCUUCAUGACACCAGUACCGAAGAAAGAGAGAAAGCGAGAAAUAGAGGAGCGCAUUCAGACACACAGAUGGCAUUCCACGAGUUUAUCAAAACAGCUGCGCUGCUAUUCAGCAUCACAGCAUCAUUAAUCCACGGCAUGAGCGAGACCAUGUACGAGGCGCGAGCUUCCUCCGGUCGAAAAAUCUUGUGCGAUCGCUGCCCUCCAGGUUCCCACAUGCAGAAGCAUUGCACUGAAACGCAGCCUACCGAGUGCCGACGAUGCAACGAAGGCUUCUACACCGAGCACUGGAACUACAUCUACGACUGUCUCCCCUGCGACUGGUGUUCACAAGAUCAGGUUGUGACGCAGAAGUGCACCAGUUUCACUAACCGUGUGCGCAUGCAAAGAAGGUUUUACCUCGAUUCGGCGUCUGCGGCCGCAACGUGUGCCCACACGGCUCGAGUCAAAGAGAAAGGAACUCCACACGAAGACACAGUGUGUGAGCUUUGCAAGAACGGCUACCACGCAGCAGGCAGUUCUGUUGACUUCAUGGCUCUGUUUUUGCUGCAGUCUGCUUUUUCUAAUUCUGUCAAUAGCACAGGUGCACAUCCUUAA